AGAACUGUGUUCAUCUGCUGUUGGAUUUGGUACCCGGAUCUACUCCUCCACCCAUCUUCAUUGAAGACCUCUUCUCCUCUACAUUUCUGUCUCGCUGUCCAUCUCCCCUGUCCCUCUCCUCUAUCCCCCUCUAUCUAAAACCAAUCUCUGUCUUUCCUGUAAUUCUCCUGCUCUGUCUGAACCAUUCUGUCUAUCCUGUCAGUCUCCUCCUCUGUCUGGACCUCUGUCUAGCUGUCCAUCUCCUCUGUCCCUCUCCUCUGUCCCACUCUCCCUGGUUUUUUAUUUUAUUUUUGGUCAAAAGUGACUUGACUCAUAAAUUUUUUCCAGUCAAGCCUGUGUGUCGACCUACUCAAUUUAUUGGGAACACGCCUCAGUCGACUUCUCAAUUUAUUGGGGCCGUUGUGAAAUUUGGGGACUCGUUCAAUUUUUUGAGUCCCACCCGAGAGACCUGGUGGUCCUCCAACGAAUGAUUGGGAUAAACCUGCAGGAAAUCCCACCUGCGCAUUCAUUUGAGAAAUACUGAAAAGCAAUACUGUGAUUCCUGUUUGUGUGUUGACGCCUCAGCGUUGUCAGUCAGUUGUUGAGUGUUUCCUGUUGUGAAUCUGGUAACGUUGUUUGGAGUGUCUCUCUACAUCUGUUUCACUUCAUUAUACUUUAGGUUUGACUGUGAAAAUGCCUCGCUCUAACAAGAGAUCUCAAGCCCAGAAACGUCGGUUCCAGCAGCAGACUGGAUCCCAUGGUGCAACUCCUCAGUCAGCAGAAGGUUCUGCUGAUCUCUGUGAGAACAUGGCGGCUGUGGUGCUGAAUCCUCAAGAAGCCAAAGCAGUGAGCAGUGAGGUGACGAUGACCCCAUGUGAUGAAGGUAAUGUGAUAACAGAACUGCCCUCUGAGAUUCGACUGUGUGCUUCCCGCAGCCAGAGCUCUGCCAGGUAUGGUGACAAUGCAAACAAACAGUGUACAUGUAACUCUCUGACAUUUCUGGCUUUCCUCCAUGAGAACGAGACGAUCUCAAAAGCAGACCUGGACCUGGUUCUGGAUAAAGGGAACGUUUUAUAUCAACAGGUUAUAAACACCCCGGACAUCCACACUGAUGGUUCUGGACAUUUGGCCUCUGAUCAACUCCCUAACCUCGUUCCUUCUCGCAGCUCGACUCUGACAGCUGAUCUCUCCAUGCUUCCUUACAAUGGCAGCUUUGGAAACCCACCAGCUGGAUAUAUUGAGACCUACCUUUCCCUGUCUUCCAGGCUGAACUGUUUGACUGAUGAUGUGCAUUAUGCUCUGUUGAUCAUGACGAGGUUGUGUAUUGCAGUGUUCAGGACUCCCAGUGGCAGAUAUGGCUUCUUUGAUCCUCACUCCAGAAAAGAUGACGGUUCAAAGAAAGAGGCUGGAACAGCUGUGAUGGUGACGUUCAAACAUCUCCAGGACAUGGUGAAUCGACUCCUACGCUGCUACAGAGAGCAUGGCGCCUCAUCCACGACUGAAUAUGAGCUGAAACCUGUGACGUUUGUCAGCAUCAGACCUGUAAGUCCACAACCUGCUGCUUCACACUCUGCACAGACACCUGUUGUUGAAUCAAACUCACACAGUCUGAACACAACGACCACUGAGGUUUGUUUGGAAAGCAGCUCAAGCCAAGUGUCAGUGUCCCUAAAUCGACAAGUUGAUGUCCCCUCAGUCCAAACAGAAACUGAAAGACCAGCUGUGGUGAAAGAAACCUCUGAUAAACUGUCAAAACAUAGUAAACAUGAAAGAAGAAAGAUACAGAGACGGUUGGCUUCAGGAAAGAAUUCCCUCAGAAAAGAUGAUCGGAAUCGUAAACACAGACAGAAGUAUGCUUCAAACCAAACAUACAGAGAAAGUAAAAAGUGUUAUUCCAGAAGAAUUUAUGCAACCGAAACAGUGAAAGAGAGAAAGAGAAAUCAAUCUAUAAAGUCCUACAGGAGCAGUGCUGCUGUCAGACAAAAACACAGAGAUUUCAUGAGAAAUUUAUACAGAAACAGUGAUUUAAUCCGAAAGAAGAAAAGGCAGUACUUAAGAGAACUCUACAGAAAUGAUCCUUUGAUCCAGAAGAAGAAAAAAAAAUACAUCAGAGACCAGUACAGAAGUGAUCCAGUUUUCCAGAAGAAACAUAAACAAUACAUCACGUCACAAUAUAGAAACUCUGAGGUCUUCAGACAACGGCAGAAAUCUUAUGUGACACAACGUUAUUUCCAGGACCAAACAUUCAGAAGUAAACACAGGCUGCUAAUGAGAAAGAUAAUGCAAGAGCGGUAUCGAAACAAUGAGGUGUUCAGACGAAUGCACAGAAUGAGAUGUGCCUUAAAGAUAAGACGUAAAUACCGUCAGAUUCACCGACAACCACAGCAACAAGACAACAGUUUGAUUGUACAGGCUAUCUACAUUUUCAGAGCUCAGAUCAAGGCUGGACCAACAUUGGUAUGUACUGUGUGUCAUAAAGCUUCAUUUCCUAAUCAGGUUAAAGUUUGUACCAGAACAAAGUAUUUGAAAAAUCCCAACUUGGUGGCAGCUUGUCUCACUGGAAAGUUUGUUCAUCACUGUAAUGAGAGCUGCAGAAGUGAAGAACAGUGCAAAGUUCCUGAUGAAAGGAAGAAAGAGUGGAUCUGUCAUACCUGCCAUGAUCACCUGAGACGUGGAGCCAUGCCCUCCCUGGCUGUACACAAUAACCUGGAGCUUGUUGACAUCCCAUCGGAGCUGUCAGACUUGAACAUAUUAGAGAGACAUCUGAUCAGCAAGUGUAUUCCUUUUGCUAAGAUCAUCCCUCUUCCUAAAGGCAGACAGAGUGCAAUCCGUGGAAAUGUGGUGUGUGUCCCAUCUGAGAUCCAGGAAACGGUUGAAGCUUUGCCCAGACUGAGAAGUGAAUCCCAGAUCAUGAGAGUGAAACUGAAGAGACGUCUGUGUUACCGAGGACAUCAGCUCUUCCAGACUGUCACCUGGUCUAAACUGAUGCAGGCCCUGCAUAAACUCAAACUGAUUCACCCACAGUAUUCUGAAAUCACUAUCAGAGAAGAAGCUGAGCUGUGUGACCCCACCCUGCCUGACGAUGAUGAUGAUGAAAGGAUGGAGGAGGAGUUUGAUGAAGCAGACUUGAUGGAGAUUGACAGGUUUGAGAAAGAUGCUCUGUGUGAAAAUGAGGCUGAGGAUGGUUUAGAUGUUCUGUCAUGUGAUGAUGAAGAACCAGAGAACAGACCUGAAGAACAGCAGGAAGGUGACAUGCCCAAUGGUGGCUUUGCUCUGGAAUCUUGUCUUCAACCUCCUAAUGUAGCAGAGGAAAUCAUGUCUUUCAGUGAAGGAAUCUACUGUGUUGCUCCUGCUGAGAGAAACAGUCCAGUCGGCUUUUUUAAGACCCCUAAACUUGAGGCCAUGGCUUUCCCUGUACAGUUUCCUACAGGUCAAAACACCCUGGAUGAGAGCAGACGUGUCAAACUAUCACCCAGCAGUUACUUCAAAUCCAGACUUUUCUCCAUUGAUGACAGAUUUGCCAGAGACUCUAAUUAUUUGUUCUUUGCACAGUUUGUGAUUGAGGUGAACCUGGCUACCAACAGCAUGACCAUCCAGUUGAGAAAAGGCAAACCCAUGACCAGAGAUGGACGAAAAAUAACCUCUGGGAUGCUGCAAGACAGACGUGAAGUCGAGAAACUUGUGAGAAACCGCGAGGCUUUUCGCUUCAUGAGAGCAUUACGUGGUACUCCGGCCUACUGGCACCAGAAAACCAGUGAACUGUUUGCCAUGAUUAGACAGCUGGGCACUCCCACCUUCUUUUGUACAUUUUCAGCUGCUGAAAUGCGAUGGCCUGAAGUGAUUGAAGCAAUCAAGAGACAACAAGGUGAGGAGGUGAAUUUUGAAGAGCUUGACUGGUCAGAAAAAUGUGACAUCCUGAGAAGUAAUCCUGUGACAGCAAUGCGCAUGUUUGAUAAGCGAGUGGAGGCCUUAUUCAGAGAUUUGCUGCUUUCGCCUGCUCAGCCACUGGGUAAAGUUGUGGACUUCUUUUAUCGAGUGGAGUUUCAGCACAGAGGAAGUCCUCACAUUCACUGUCUGCUCUGGGUUGAAGGUGCCCCUGUGUUUGAAAAGGAUGAUGAUCAGACUGUGUGUGAUUUUGUGUCCAGAUACAUCACAGCUCAGCUGCCUGACCCUCACACUCAACCUGACCUGUACAAGAAAGUCAGUGAAGUCCAGAAACACAGUCGUACACACACCAAGACGUGUUUCAAAAGUGUUGGCUCUGGGUGCCGUUUCGGGUUUCCCAAACCUCCCUGCAGAAACGUAAUGAUCACGAGACCUGAUGGUGGUAAAUAUACUGCAACUGCAAAGACUAAGCUGAGACCUCUGAACAGACUCCUGAAUGAACCUGAAGCAGCUUCCAUGAGUUUAGAUCAGCUUCUGGCUCAGUGUGAUUUAACCGUGGCUGAAUAUGAGUUCUACCUGAAUGAACUGAACAAAUCCAGUGCUGUCCUGCUGAAGCGAGAUCCAAAGGAUUGCUGGAUCAAUGCCUACAAUCCACACCUGCUCACAGCCUGGGAUGCUAACAUUGACGUGUCCUACAUCCUGAAUGCUUAUGGCUGUAUUCAUUAUCUGACCAAGUACAUCACCAAGAAGGAAGCUGGACUCUCAGAGUACCUGAAAACAGUGAUCAAUAACUCCAACACCAGCAACGUGAAUGACAGUGAGGAGAUGAAAGCAGUCAUGCAGGCCUACUCCAAGAAACGAGAAAUCAGUGCACAAGAAUGUGUUGCCAGAGCAUGUGGACUGAAGAUGAAGAAGUGUUCCCGAGCUGUAGUUUUCAUACCAACAGAUGAGAACCCUCUGAGAAUGAGUCGCCCUCUGUCUUUCCUUGAGAACACCACUGAUGAAUGUACAAACAUCUGGAUGACAUCUUUGGCGGAUAAGUAUAAGAACAGACCAGAAACACCAGAGUUUGAGGAAAUGUGCAUGGCUGAUUUUGCUGCCACCUGCAGGUUUGUCCGUGAGAGCAAAGGAGCAGAUGUGUUUCCACUGCUGAAUGACAUGGGCUUUGUACAGAGGAGAAAGAACGAUAAGCCAGCUGUGAUCAGAUAUUACCGCUGCUCAGAGGAAAGAGAUUCUGAGAACUUCCAUGGCAGAUUACUGAAGCUGUACCUUCCACACAGAUCAGAUGAGGAACUGAAGAGACCAGGCUUUCCAACCUACCAGAGCUUUUACAGAGCCGGCUGGGUUCAGCUGCCAGGCUGGAACCACGGCCGGUCGGUGGAAGUGAUCGUCAAACAGAACAGAGAAAAGUAUGAGAAAAACAGUGAAGACAUUGAGAAAGCUGUUGAAGAGUUUCAAGAAAAUCAAGGUGUGAUGGAUGAGUGGUGUAACCUUGCUCCUCAGUCUGAAGUUGUGAGACUGGACUACGAUGAUGAUGCAGAACAACCACAUCCUGAUGAUCCUGAGCAGGAAAAUGUCCCUGAGUACAGCCGUCAAGCUGAUGCAGUCAGUGAAGCCAGAGUGACCAGAGAGCCUCCUGUGAUCGAUCCAGCUGUGUUAAGACACAUGUAUCAGAGUCUCAACCUAAAGCAGGCUGGUUUCUUUUACACUGUGAGAGAGUGGUGCUUUCGCCGAGUCUGUGGCCUUCGUCCAGAGCAGUUCUUCUAUUACAUUAAUGGAGGUGCUGGGACAGGUAAAUCCCAUCUCAUCAAAUGUAUUCACUCAGAAGCAUCGAAGAUCCUGAGGAAUGUUCCACGACAUUGUGACGAGGUUGACAUCAGUAAGCCUACUGUCCUGCUGACGGCUUUCACUGGAACAGCAGCGUUUAACAUUUCAGGUUCAACUCUCCAUUCACUGCUGAAGCUUCCCAGAAGUCUCAAACCUCCAAUCCAAGGUCUUGGUAACAAGCUGGAUGAAGUCAGAGCAGAGCUCCUCAACGCUGAAAUCCUAAUCAUUGACGAGGUGUCCAUGGUUUCCAGGCCGUUGUUUGUCUACGUUGAUGCUCGACUAAAGCAGAUCAAAGGCAGUCAGAGACCUUUUGGAGGAGUUUCUGUCAUUGCUGUUGGAGAUUUUUAUCAACUUCCUCCAGUGAGGCAUUCCACUCCUCUGUGUGUGUUUGACCCCUCUGAAAUCGACUUGUGGCACCAGCACUUCCAGAUGAUCACUCUGACUGAGAUCAUGCGGCAGAAAGAUGACGUUGCUUUUGCAGAGAUGCUGAACAGGAUCCGAGUCAAAGACAAGUCUGCUGAGUUGUCUGAAGCUGACAGAGCUUUGAUUUAUCAGACUGUAACAGAACCAGCUCUUUGUCCAACUGAUGUCCUGCACAUCUAUGCUACGAACAAACAGGUGGAUGCACACAACUCUGCAAGGCUGGCUGAGCUGUUUGACAACAUAAUCACCAUUGAUGCAGAUGACUUCGAGAAAGAUCCUCAGACUGGCAGAAUGACACGGAAACAAACACCAGUGAAAGGAGGCAGAAAUGAGCUACCAGACUCUCUACAGGUUGCUGAGGGCGUUCGAGUCAUGCUGACCAGAAACAUUGAUGUGCAAAGUGGUCUUGUCAAUGGAAGUUUUGGCACUCUGGUGCGGUGCAUCUCAGAAAAUGAUCAUGUCACUAAGCUGGGUCUCCGAAUGGACAGCCAUGUGUCUUCAGAACAAAAUGAUGAUGUGGUUUAUAUUCAGAGAGAGGAAGACAACCUGAAGCAGAAAGGUGUGGUGCGCAGACAGUUCCCCAUCAAGCUGGCUUUUGCAUGUACCAUCCACAAGGUCCAGGGAAUGAGUAUGCAGUCUGCUGUGGUGUCACUGAAGAACAUCUUUGAACCUGGGAUGGCUUAUGUUGCUGUGAGCAGAGUCACCUCCCUCGGUGGACUCUACAUUGUAGACAUGGAUGAGAGUAAGUUCUACGCCAGUCAACAGAUCACUGCAGCACUGGAGAGCAUGAGACAAGCCAGUCCAGCUGAGAUGAUGCCCCUUCUACAGAUGAGAGAAACCCUGAGCAGACCUGAUACCCUGACCAUCAUCCACCAUAACACUGAGGGAUUACCGGCUCACAUCAAUGACAUCAAGAGCCACCAUGAAAUGUGUUUGGCUGACAUCCUGUGUCUAACUGAAACCCAUUUGCAGGGCUCCUUUGUUGCAGACAGUCUUCAGUUACCAGGCUACAACCUGUUCAGACGUAACAGACACCUGUCCUACAGCAACUUCCCUCAGAUUGCCAGCAGAGGUGGUGGAGGAGUAGCCAUCUAUGUGAGAAACCACAUCCAAGCUCGAGAGAAGCAGUAUCUGCUGAAUGUCACUGAUCUUGAGUUUGUGGCCUUGAAGCUUGAUGCUCCAGUGAGUGCUAUCAUCGCAGCAGUGUACAGACCUCCUAACUAUGACGUGACUUCUUUCCUGGCUAAUCUCAGCAGCCUUCUGGACUCUCUGGAGAUUCUCGACUGUCAGCCCAUCAUUGUCUGUGGAGACUUUAAUGAAAACCUUUCAUCCACAGCCAAGAAGCCCAUUCUAGAGCUGUUUCAGACCAGAGGUUAUGCUCAACUCAUCACUGCUUCCACCACAGAGAAGAACACACUGCUGGACCUGAUUUUCAUUUCACAGCCCGACCACUGUGUCCAGUCUGGCGUCCUGAGAACAUAUCACAGCUAUCAUGAUCCUGUUUACUGUGUCCUGACUUUCAGCAACGUGUGAAGCAGAGAAAGACUUCGGAUGUCCUUUUUCUUCAUUUCAUUCAAUAACCUGAUCAGUGUUCUAAUCAUUUAUUGUUUUCCAUUAAGACUGUAGGUGCCUGAUGAGGUAAGGCCUUUGUUAACAAAACUGAAUCAUGCAUAACCUUUUUUUAUUGUUUCAAUCAUGUUUGACAGCAUAUGAAUGAGGUAAGGUAUGUGAAAGCCAUCAUGCUCUUCUUGAAGUGAUCAUUUAAUUGAAUUCCUUCAGUGUGAAUAACAGGUUUCUGAUUUUUCACUGUCAUGUUUGAUCAUCCAUAAUUGAGGCAACAAUGUUCUUUAAUAUUUUUUUACAUUGAUUAAUGAAUUGAGAUCCCCACUUUCUAAUUGACAUCAUGUAAAUCUAAUCUGUAAAUGUCUAAAAUAAUCCUGUAAUCAUGUUAAAGUGAUUAUUGCUUUGAUAUCCCUCCCUUCCUAAUUGAUUAUAGAUAAAUCUGAUGUUUAAUGACUAAAAGACUGUAGGCCUGUGCAUUCAUCAUCUGGGUGGGUCUGGGUCAGGGUUGGUGAAUGCACAGGCCACAACACUCUUCUGGGUCAGAGCUUCAUUCAGUCACAUGCUCUGUGGUGUAACUAGCACCUGCCCAGUAGUUUGAAUCCUUCUUCAGUCCCCUUUGAGGACUGGAGCUGGACAACCUCCAGACUGUCCACUGUGGGGUCCUCUGAGUCACCUGUCUGAGCCGUCUCCAAGAGUGCCUGUCAGAUUCACCUGUCAGGUCCUGCAGAGCAUCAGUGUCUUUAGUCCCAGCAUGUCCAUCAGCCAUAAAGCAGUCAUCAGUGCUAGACAUGAGAGACACAUGUGAGACGGGACGGCGCGGCGCCUGCCGGCCUUGAUUCUGCAUUGAGAGCAGAAGACGUCCUGCUGCUCUGAGGACACUGCUGGCAUCAUCUCAGCUGCAUCGUGUCCAGACCAGAGGUCCUCCAGUCAGUCCCCAUGUGUCCUCUCAGCAGAGCUGCAGACACUCUGACUGAACCAAGAGGAACAAACUUCAACUCCAGUCCUGACGUGGGCCUGCACUGCAGCGUCUCGAGCAGGAUGGAGUGUUUCCCUCUGCCCUCCACCUUCACCUCAGAGGAGCCUCCAUGCUGACGGCCUCACUGUGGAGCUGCUGCUGCUGCAAGUCUCUCCUCAUCAAAGUGAUGGGACUCUGCAGCGCUGAUGAAGAGGACUGAUUCCUGUUUCCUCCAUCAUGACAAACUCAACCACACAGCAGGGUUCCGUCUGGGUCUCCUGUUCUCUCUGCCUCUCCCACAACAUGGACAAGAACUGUGAGAGCAGCAGCCGUCCAGCCAAGGACAGAACAAGCUUCAUCUGGAGGAAACGGCUGGUCUGAGCUGCUGGACAUUUAGAACUCAGUCUGGAGGUUGUGAGUUCAAUUCCUGUCUCUCACUCAUGUCGAUGUGUCCUCGGGGAAGACACUAAACCCUGAAUUGCCCCCACUGUUUUACGUCGCUUUGGACAAAAGCGUCUGCUAAGUAAAAUUGUGUGACUCUUGAAGGACUCAGAAGAGGAAAGCUGUCCUGACUGAUUGAUCUGGGAGGUACGACGAGCCUCUACUGCAUGUUCUUCUUUGUCCCUGAAGCCCAACCGGAAUAGCAGAAAGCCGCCACCUCUGAGCCUGGUUCUGCAAAGGUUUCUUCCUGUUAACAGGGAGUUUUUCCUUUCCACAGUUGCUGAUGCUUGCUCAUGUGGAUCUGUUGGGUUUCAGUUCUGUUUUUUGUCUCUUAAAACAAGGCAAAUGGACACAAUUUUGUUCUUUUAUUCAUUGCAAUGUCAGACUGAGCGCUGUUUAACACUAUAUAUAUUCUAUUUUCUGUUGUGAAUGUUUAAGUUUUGAUCUUGUUGAACAGUUAAUAAAAUGUGUAUUUUACAUCAA